GUAUCACUGAGAUCAUCUCAGAGAGAAAGUGAAAGAAUAAAGUAAUAGUUUGGAGCCUGUAGGUGGACCAGACCGUGAGUGAUGACCAGCUGUUUGUGUUUUUGUAAAGUGCUCUUUUGUGUUAUUAAUUCUUGUAUGUGUUUGUACAUGUUGUACAUGUUAGAUGUAAUUCAGAACUGAUUUUAGAUGAUUUGGUGUUUGGAUUUUUUGAAAAUUUGCCCUUUAAAAUCAAACUGGUGUGAGACUGGAAUAAAAUGCUUUAAUUGUGGAAUAAUCAGAUCUUCAUCUGCAAGCACAAGAGAUUUAUUCAUCCUCUUCCUCCUUUCUCUGUAUUGUUCACCUCAGGAAGAACUGUUUAGUGUCUGAUUCUGAAAGGCAGUGAUGUUGAACAGCAGCAGUACUACAACAUUCAGCCCUGAAUUAAAUUCUACAACUGAAUUUGAUUACGGUGAUUUACCUCCUGGACCAUGUGAUUACGGCCCCCAUUCAAGCCACAUUCUCCCGGUGCUCUACUCCGUGUUCUUCGUGGUGGGCUUGUUGGCCAACAUGCUGGUGCUGUGGGUGAUCCUGAGAGGUUCUCAUAUUAAAGCCCUGACUGACGUGUCUCUCCUGAACCUGAUCAUUUCUGACCUUCUGCUAAUCUCCACUCUCCCCUUUUUGGCUCAUUAUGCCAGAGAUCACUGGGUUUUUGGUAGCUUCAUGUGCACCCUGGUCCUCAGCGUGUACCACAUUGGGUUUUAUGCCGGCAUUUUCUUUAUUGUGCUGAUGAGCAUCGACAGAUACUUGGCGAUCGUCCAUGCCGUGUCCUCCUUGAGAAUUCGUACCAAGACUUAUGGGAUUUUAGCGAGCAUCUUCAUCUGGAUUCUCGCUGUUGCGUCUUCAUUUCCUGAACUCCUGUAUCUUAGAGUCAUAAGCAAUGGAACGGAAACAGUUUGCAGCGCGUAUCCACAGGAUUAUCACCAUGAUGUAAAAAGUGGGUGUAUCUUUAAAAUGAAUGUUUUGGGGCUGCUAAUUCCAAUCAUCGUUGUGGGAUUUUGUUACUUCAUGGUGCUCCAGAGGCUUCAUACCCUUCGUACUUCUACAAAACUCACUGUUCGUCUUGUUAUUGUGGUCAUGGUGGUGUUCUUCUGCUGCUGGAUACCGUACAACAUCACAGCGUUCCUCAAGGCACUGGAACUGAAGCGCAUCCUGACUCCAGGGUGUAAACUCAGCAGAAACAUCCAGCUGCUGCUGCAGAUCACCGAAGCUGUGGCGUAUUCACGCAGCUGCCUCAAUCCGUUCCUUUACGUGCUUGUGGGUCAAAAGUUCAGGAAACAUCUUGCCAGACUCCUUCUCCAGACACCAUGCAGCCAUGUGCAGUGUAUGAAACACUGCAUGACCCGAGCUGCAGCUUCAGUGUAUUCACAGUCCACGAGUGUGGAUGAAAAACAUAUGGAUGGAACUCAGCAUAUAAAAACACCUACAUAAGAUAGAAGUAAGAAAAACAAGCUUGUAGUUGCAUGUGUAAUUUACACCAUAUGGACAAAAUAUUGAGACGCCGGACUUUUCCAGCCAUAUGCAGUUCUUCCCCAAACUGUUACCACAAAUUUAGAAGCACACAAUUUUAGCGGACGUCUGUGGAUGUGAUGGCAUUAGAUUUUCCUCCAAACCAGCUCCCAUGAAGAUCUGUUUUCCAUGAGCUCCCCACUGAACACCUUUGGGAUGAAUGUGAAC